AUGUCACGAGAAAAAGAAAAUUCUAAAUUGUUUAACACGCCUUUACGAAAUGCUGCUACCAACAACAAUAAAACAACUCCAGUGACCCCAGUAACUCCGACUGCUAGACGAUUAUUUGAUGAUCCGUUUGAUGAUGACGAAGAUUUAAAGGUUGAUAUAAGCUUUUUUCGUUGUCCACUUAAUGUUGCUGCAUUUGAUUUCGUGAAUAGUGGGAUGGGUGGUGGCAAUUACGAUGAUUAUAUUGAAAGUGAAAGAGAUGAUUAUUAG